UCGUGCAGUGCGGAACUCUCGCGAUCGCUUUUCUCGAGCGAAUUUCUGUGGCGCGCGGUGGCCGCCCCGGAGCCGAUUCAUUUCAUCGUCCUCGCCUCCUGGCGUCUGUGAUUGCCUCGAAUGUGCGGGGAAAGCGAGCCGCGUCCGCAGUGAUCGUUCGCGCGCCCCGUGUCGCAGUGUGCCAAGGCGAGAGAAGAGGAGAGGAAGAUGGUGCCAGCGGGCCUUGAGAGCGAUAUCGUUGCUGCGAGAUAGCGCCGUGCGCGCAGCCAGUCCGCCACACUCGAGUGUUUGACGAGAGUCGUGUGCGACCGACUACUAAACGAAUUAAACGCGAGGACCACCUUGUUCAGUAGUGUGUGCAUUUAAUAUCACCGUAGUGAUCCUCGCGAUUAGUAAUACUCGAUAGUCCUGGUAACUUCUCGGUCUGUCCCGUGCCUCGCGCGAGUGGUCCGUGCGCCUGUCGACAAAAUUUACUGUGUGUGCGUGUGUGGGCUUUAGCGCGGGGUUCGACGUACCCCCCGACGAUGCCCAAUGGUUGAUCGUGUAACGAAGCGUGCUCGGGGACGCUCUAUGCGCCGCGGUUCUCAUUGUUAUUGUCAUGCCUGCGAAUACGCUAAAAGCUUGGUGAAUUUUCACGGCUUCAACGACGAGGAGGAAGAAGUAGCAACAGUGACCAGCAUCAGCAACAGCGGUCUUCUAUUGGCGUAGUGCAGCGUUUCGCUCGCCAGUGUGUGUUACCCGUGUAUACGUGCGUGCUGCCUGUCUGCCUGCUGCCUGCCUGCCUGCCUGCGUGCGUGCGUGCGUGCGGUCGACUCGACGACUCGCUGCCGCCGCCGCCGCCGCUGCCGCUGCUUACUUCCUACCGAGAGUAAACAGCCUGAAAGAAGAAAUAAUUAACCCUGAAAAGAAACCAUGGCCGACCACCUGGUGGACGGCCCGCCGAACAAGCGGCCGAAGCUUGGAGAUCCUUUUCAAGGGACUUCGGACUCCGCGGUGGGUAUGGCGCCUCUAAUGAUGCACCAUACUUAUACAACCUAUGGGGGAGGUGGCAGUGGUAACAUGCAACAAAUGCAGGGCCCGCCACAACAGCUACAUCUGCCACAGCAUCAGCUGCAGCCACAUUGGAACAACCAUACCGUCCAGAAAAGAAAUUACAUAACAAACACAGAUAUGUUUGAUCUUGAAAAUGAUCUACCCGACGAUCUAUUAUCAUCGGGGUCUUGGGGUUCCGCAACCGAGAGUGCUAAACCGCCAGCAACAGGCCCAGGUCCAGGGCAGCAAAAUGGUGCCCUUGACUCGGAACUUCGACAGCAUGUACAGCAACAACAACAACAACUUUCGCAUCAUCUAAUACAACAACAAUGUCUUUUGAAACAGGGUAACAAGAAUUUGGUUGCUAACUCUUUGGUAAUGGCUGCCGGAACCUUGGGGAACAAAAGUCCAAACAUGCAAUCUCCGCCGAAUGUUUCUGUCUCUAAAGUAGUUGAUCCACAAAUGGUUGUGAGUCUGGGAAAUUUACCAAGUAGCAUAGCCAGCUCUUUGGCAAACAAUCAAAUGUCUAUUGCAAAUUCUAUGGGAGGCCUUCAAUCGUCGAUGAGCAUGGCAGGAAGUAAUCCUACCAUGUCAAUGUCAGGUGGAAUGAAUUCUGGCCUAGUUAUGACCAGCACAGCUAGUGGAAAUAAUAAUAUGGGUGGAAUGGCAGGUGGAAGUUUAAUUGUGACCAACAGUUUAAAUAAACAGUCUUUAAAUACUGUAACCAUGAUGAGCUCUAAUACUCAAGGAAUUCAUCAUCCUAGCGGCCCGCAUAGCGUUGCUCAAAUGCAGAACGGGCCUGGAAUAAUGAACACCAGAGCUGUAGCAAUGCAACAACAACAAGCACAUAUGGUUAGUGCCGCAGCAAGAGGUCAAAGUCCGCAUCAACAAGUACAUCAAGUUGGUAUCGGUCCUGGGCAAGGAGGGCCGCGAAUGCAGGCUCCUCCGAACAUGGCAAAUAUGCCAAAUAUGGGACAAAUCGGUGCAUCCAGUCCCUAUAGUUACGCAUCUCCAGGUAGUGGACCAGGACCUGGUGUUACCGUGUGUACUAAUAGUCCUGUUGGAGUUGUCGCGCCGCAACAAAAAGGAGUAGGGACAAACAUGACUGCCAUGCAAGCUGGUAGAUUUGGAACUACAGGACCCAUCGGUUCUGCUACUGUCGUGGGUGGUCCGGAAGGUGGUAUGGCGCAACAAGCUCAACCUCCUGCUCCAAGUCCAGCUCAAUCUCAAUCCGGUGCACCAACAGGAGGGCAAUCUGGUCCACAACAAGCUACUCAGGGCCAAAUAUCUGGUACCGGUGCUCCAGCUGGUGCUACAAAAUCCACCGCCGAUCCGGAAAAACGUAAACUUAUUCAACAACAAUUAGUUCUUUUGCUUCAUGCGCAUAAGUGUCAACGUCGGGAAAGCCAAGCUAACGGCGACGUUUGGCAAUGUACAUUGCCAGAUUGUAAAACAAUGAAGAACGUGUUGAAUCAUAUGACUGCUUGUCAAGCAGGGAAAAAUUGUACAGUGCCACACUGUAGUUCAUCGAGACAAAUUAUUAGUCAUUGGAAACAUUGUAACCGCAACGACUGUCCUGUGUGCUUACCCUUGAAACAAGCUAAUAAGAAUAAAACUACAAACGCUGCUGCGGCAUCUACGUCGCAACCAAAUAGUCAACCAAAUCCGAGUGCAACAGAGAUGAGAAGAGCAUAUGAUGCUUUGGGUAUUCAAUGCCCUACGACAACGCCUGGUUUAGGGCCUGGUCAGUGUGUUACUAGAAGAAUACCAGCACCAGGUAUGCAAGGAGCAACCGGGACAAUGGGAAACGUCAGGCUAGCUCAACCUCAAACUCAAGCUGCUUCGGGUCAAUCUGUGGUUGGUGCCGGGCAGCAAGUAGUUGCACCAAAUGUAUCUCUUCCUUUAAGUUCUGAUUCUAAUACUGUCGGUGUAGCUGGUAAUCAGGCCGCGUCCACUAGCGGAGUUACGCCCGCUGCGGCAGCGGCUGCUGUAAAUAUACAGCAAUCGGUUAACGUGCAUCAAUUGUUUGGUUUAAACGAUUCAGGGCAGCUGAACGUUGCGGCUGAAAAUAGGCUAGCUAGCCCUCAACUUCCGGUUGGGGCUCAGCAAAGUCAAGUAACAGCAACGCCGAUGCCAGGAACGAAGGAGUGGCAUCAAUCCGUAACUCCAGAUCUUAGAAAUCAUCUUGUUCAUAAAUUGGUUCAAGCAAUAUUUCCAACUCCCGAUCCAAAUGCCAUGCUUGAUAAAAGGAUGCAUAAUUUGGUUGCGUACGCGAGAAAAGUCGAGGGUGAUAUGUACGAGAUGGCUAAUUCCAGAUCAGAGUAUUACCACUUACUUGCUGAAAAGAUAUAUAAGAUUCAAAAAGAAUUGGAGGAAAAGCGUCAGAAGCGGAAAGAACAGCAACAGUUACAGGCGCAACAGCAACAGCAACAACCUCAACCUGGUUCGUCCGGAACAGCUGGUCCGGGUUUGAGGCCGUGUGCUCCACCUGGUGUCGGGACUGUUCCGCCAUCGCGACCAGUUGGAACGGUUACUCCUAGUUUGCGUAGCCAUUCACCGGGCAUGGCUCAACUUGGAACUUUACCUACGAUGGGCAUUCCGCACAAUAGAAUGCAAUUUUCUCAACAACAAGCCCAACAACAGCAACAACAGGUGCAGGGUCAGGCCCAAACCAAAGUCCAGGUUCAGCAACAAAUGCAACAGCAGCAGCAGCAGCAACAACAACAGCAGCAGCAGCAGCAGCAACAAGGAAUUUUAGUUGGUCCACCGGGUCCUAGUCCAAACGGACAAACAUCUUCUAACCCUAACGUCGUUCCAAAUCCUGGUCUCAGCCCUUUCGGACAGCCACAAAUGUCACAAGCAAAUUUAACAACUACUACCACAUCCGCAACAACUAGUCAAUUUCCAACCUCGAAUGGCACUUCCGGUUUACCUAACAGUUCUCCUGUACAAAGUCAACAUCAAUUUCCCGACCUAAUGAAAGUUAGAAUGGCACAAGCUCAAGCAGCAAUCGCGCAUAAACAUCAACAACAACAGCAGCAGCAGCAGCAGCAGCAACAGCAACAGCAGCAGCAGCAGCAGCCACCACAACCACAGCAACAGCAAAAUCAGUCACAGCCACAACAACCGACAAGCACUUCUAAUCAAAGCUCCACGGCAACAUCAAUGCCUCAAGCACCAUCACCGUUCAACAAUAUGCAGCAACAAAGUAAUCAACAACAAAAUCAGCAAUUCAACAACAAUCGGCCUCUACCAUCCGUUUCAACGUCCAAUGAUAGCGGUAUCAGCACGUCAACGCCUCAAACUAUACCACCUCCUGCGUCUAGCGGGCCUAGUCCCGGUCCGGUGACAACAAACGGACCUCAAUCUACAACUUCCACACCUAAUACACCGCUAGUUCCUUCGUUGAUGACUCCAAAUCAAACAGUUUCUUCCGCCAACCAAACACCACCUCAUCCUGGCACCACACCAUCCCCCGCCGGUCUCGCAAGCCUUGGAAAAGGGAUGACGUCUCAGGAGAGGGCUGCAUUAAAUGCGCCGAGAGCUUCGUCUAUGUCUUCGCAAAUGGCCGCCAUUACGGCUGCUCUGGAUCGUGAUAAUUCUCCUAGUCCACCGAUGAAUAACAAUAAAGGGAAACUGGAUUCUAUCAAAGAGGAGAGUAUGAAAAUGGAAAUCAAACAAGAGGAUGGUUCCGAGAAUCAUAGAAUGGAUGGUGGUAAAAGUGUGAACAACGACAUGUCUAUUAAAACUGAAAUCAAAACGGAAGCAAUGGAAGAAGGAUCUGGGGAGGGUAUCGCGAAGGAAGAAUCUUCCGGUAUCAAGGAGGAGCCAGUGACGCCGAUGUCCAGUCAGGACACGACGCCGGACAUCAAACCAUUAGUUCCUGAGCCGAUACAGUCGAGCGGAACAUCGACGGACAAGAAACGGUUGUGUCUGUUUAAACCCGACGAGUUGCGUCAAGCACUGAUGCCAACGUUGGAAAAACUGUACCGUCAGGAUCCGGAUUCUAUACCGUUUAGACAACCGGUCGAUCCCCAAGCAUUAGGGAUCCCAGACUACUUUGACAUUGUUAAAAAACCGAUGGAUCUUUCGACGAUCAAAAGAAAAUUGGAUACGGGACAGUACAGUGAUCCAUGGGAAUAUGUCGACGAUGUGUGGAUGAUGUUUGACAACGCGUGGCUUUACAACCGUAAAACCUCGCGUGUUUACAGAUACUGCACAAAGCUUUCGGAAGUUUUCGAACAAGAGAUAGAUCCUGUAAUGCAGGCUCUAGGAUAUUGUUGCGGAAGGAAAUACACGUUCAAUCCGCAAGUUUUGUGCUGUUACGGGAAACAGCUCUGUACGAUACCGAGAGACGCGAAGUACUACUCCUAUCAGAAUAGUCUAAAGGCAUAUGGUCUUGUUUCCGACAGAUACACCUUCUGUCAGAAAUGUUUCAACGACAUUCCUGGUGACACUGUGACGUUAGGAGACGAUCCAACGCAACCUCAGACUGCCAUUAAAAAGGAACAGUUCCAGGAAAUGAAGAACGAUCAUUUGGAAUUGGAGCCUUUUGUUGUGUGUACAGAUUGCGGUAGGAAAGUGCAUCAAAUCUGCGUGCUUCACAUGGAAUCAAUCUGGCCGCUAGGGUUUACUUGUGAUAAUUGUUUAAAAAAGAAAGGACAGAAACGCAAGGAGAAUAAAUUUAAUGCUAAACGUUUACCAGUUACAAAAUUGGGCACCUAUAUCGAAACGAGAGUAAACAACUUCUUGAAGAAGAAGGAAGCUGGUGCUGGUGAAGUGGCGAUUAGAGUCGUGGCGUCGAGCGAUAAAGUGGUCGAGGUGAAGCCUGGAAUGAGAAGUAGAUUUGUAGAAAACGGUGAUAUGCCUGGGGAAUUUCCGUACAGAGCGAAAGCACUGUUUGCAUUUGAAGAGGUUGACGGCACCGAUGUGUGUUUUUUCGGCAUGCAUGUGCAAGAGUAUGGCAGUGAAUGUACACCACCUAACACCAGAAGAGUCUAUAUCGCGUACUUGGAUUCCGUACACUUUUUCCGGCCUAGACAGUUCCGAACAGCAGUCUAUCAUGAAAUACUUCUUGGAUACUUGGAUUACGCGAAGCAACUCGGUUACACCAUGGCUCAUAUCUGGGCUUGUCCACCUUCUGAAGGAGAUGAUUAUAUUUUUCACUGCCACCCCCAAGAACAAAAGAUUCCAAAGCCUAAGAGAUUACAGGAAUGGUACAAGAAAAUGUUAGAUAAAGGCAUGGUCGAGAGGAUCGUACUUGAUUACAAAGAUAUUUUGAAACAAGCAAUGGAAGACAAAUUGUCGUCAGCUGCCGAUUUACCGUAUUUUGAAGGUGAUUUUUGGCCGAAUGUUUUAGAAGAAAGUAUCAAGGAAUUAGAUCAAGAGGAGGAAGAGAAACGUAAACAAGCUGAAGCUGCCGAAGCCGCCGCCGCCAAUGCGAUUUUCUCGUUGUCGGAAGAUUCCGAAACUGGUCCGGAUGGAAAAAAGAAGGGACAGAAGAAGGCUAAAAAGUCUAACAAAUCCAAAGCGAAUCAAAGAAAAAACAGUAAAAAAUCUAAUACUCCUCAAACAGGAAAUGACCUCUCGGCGAAAAUUUUUGCGACCAUGGAGAAACAUAAGGAAGUGUUUUUCGUUAUCAGGUUGCAUAGUGCUCAAAGUGCAGCCAGUUUAGCACCCAUUCAGGAUCCUGAUCCAGUUAUCAAUUGUGACCUUAUGGAUGGUCGUGAUGCUUUCCUUACAAUGGCUAGAGAAAGACAUUACGAAUUCUCUUCUUUAAGACGUGCGAAAUUUAGUUCUAUGUCCAUGUUGUACGAGUUGCACAACCAAGGCCAAGAUAAAUUUGUCUAUACUUGUAAUAACUGUAAGAGUCAUGUAGAAACAAGAUAUCACUGUACGGUUUGUGAUGACUUUGACCUGUGUAUAAGUUGUAAAGAGAAAGAUGGUCAUCCUCAUCAUAUGGAGAAACUUGGUUUAGAUUUAGAUGAUGGUUCAUCGCCGGCCGAUGCAAAGCAAGCAAAUCCACAGGAGGCUCGUAAACUGUCGAUACAAAGAUGUAUUCAAUCGUUGGUACACGCGUGCCAGUGCAGAGAUGCUAACUGUCGCCUACCCAGUUGUCAGAAGAUGAAGAGAGUAGUGACGCAUACUAAGGUUUGCAAACGAAAGACGAAUGGUGGCUGUCCAAUAUGUAAACAAUUGAUAGCGCUAUGCUGUUACCACGCUAAACACUGCCAGGAGACUAAAUGUCUAGUCCCGUUCUGCUCGAACAUCAAACACAAGUUGAAGCAACAACAGCUUCAACAACGGUUACAGCAAGCGCAAUUGUUGAGAAGAAGAAUGGCUGUGAUGAAUACCCGACCAACAACGGGUCCUGUAGGAGCAAUGCAAACUGGACAGCAAACCUCGAAUGUUACUAUGCCAACUGGUGUUGCUAUGAAACCAGGAGUUAGCCCCACUAAUUUACCUUCGCCGCAUCAACCUGGAAUAGGGCUGAAACCUGGCACGCAAACACCACCUGCGCAUGUUCUCCAGGUUGUUAAACAGGUACAGGAAGAAGCUGCAAGACAACAGGCGCCGCACGUAGGUUAUGGCAAAGUAACGCCAGGGGGUGGUGUCGGUGUUGGAGUUGGCGUGGGAGGACAAACAGGUGGAGUGAUGCCUCCACCGCAAAUGCAACGGCCGAUGCCCGUCCAAAUGGCGAAUCCCAGUGGUACUCAUCUCAUUCCAAUGGACCAGUGGACGCCAAGCAGGUAUCAAACGAGCGCGGUGAUGCAACAGAAUCCUGGUUUAAGGCAACAGACUCCGCAGCAAUUAAUGCAGCAGCAACAGCAACACCAGGGACAACCGGGAAUGGGAAUGGGAGGACAAAUGCCGAGACAACCAGGCGUUAUCGGUGGUCCGGUUAGUCAGGUUGGGCCGCAGGCUCAAAAUAACAUGCACAAGCAUGUACUGCAGCAACUUAUGCAGACUCUUAAGAAUCCCCAUACUCCCGAGCAACAAAACCAAAUACUUCAAAUACUCAAAAGUAAUCCACCGAUAAUGGCCGCUUUCAUCAAGCAACGGGCGCUUGCCCUUCAGCAACAAAGUGGUCAGUACGGCGGUGGAGUUGGGGGACCUUUGGGUCCUAAUCAGCCGCAACAACAACCUGGUUUGCAGCAUAUGAUGUCUCAACAGCAGCAGCAGCAGCAGCAACAACAACACCAGCAGCAGCAGCAGCAACAGCAGCAACAACACCAGCAGCAGCAGCAGCAGCAGCAAGGUAGAAUGCAGAUACAAGCGAUGCUGAAUCAACAGCAGCAGCAGCAGCAGCAGCAACAACAGCAGCAGCAGCAGCAGCAGCCUGUUCAGCAGCAACCGCAGUGGUACAAACAGCAAAUGCUGGUGAUGCAGCAGAGACAGCAGCAGCAGGCUCAACAACAACAGCAGCAGCAACAACAACAACAGCAGCAACCGUUCACACAACCACCGGCGCCUCCUUACGGUCAACAGCGACCAAUAAGGCCGUCCCUUCUCGGUAAGAGUCAUUUGAUUCCCGACAAAAUGAGAUUCGUCGAGCCGCUUGGUUCGUGGUCUAACGUUUGCCACGAUUCCGCGUAUUCUUCCUCAGGUUACAGUGGCUUUAGUGAACAAGGCUACGGUCAACCCGGUUUAAAACCAACUCCACCUCCGAUACCUUCUCCGCAAGGUGUGAUGGGACCUCCAGGGAUCUCUGUACAGCAACAGCUCAUGCAGUCCGUUCGAUCUCCGCCACCUAUUCGAUCUCCUCAACCAAAUCCUUCUCCGCGACCGGUUCCAUCCCCGCGUAAUCAACCAGUUCCUUCGCCUAGAUCAGGGCCGGUACCAUCACCUCAUCAUCAUCCACCUCACGGUACGCCGACGCAUUCGCCGGCUCACGAACUCGGCGGUCCAAGCGAAAUGAUGCUCUCACAGUUGAACGGCGGCACGGGCACGCCGACAGGUCAUCCGGGGACCAUGCCUCAUCACCCAUCCCCGGCUCCGCCGCCUACUAGUGGCACAGACUCCAGUGAAGUGACGCCUAUGACGCCACAAGACCAACUCUCGAAAUUUGUCGAAGGAUUGUAGUGACUGUUAGUGAAGUCGGUCGAUACGAGUGACUACGUUAAUGGACGGGCGACGAUGGUCUCGCAUCGUGCGUCAACCGUUUAAAAGGACGGUCCGCUGUUCCAGCUCUCUGUCAUGAGGCAGAGAGCGUAACCUCCAUCCGUUCUGCGUUCCUAGCUUCGUGGAGAUCAGGUACAACUACUUACGUCCGGUACACCGGCACGUGGAGGUGCCGCUGAUGUCGAACCACGACGAUGAGUUAAGAUGUACCCGACGAUGGUGCGAUCAAAUUAAUCCGGACGACGCGUGUUCCAUAUUUCUAUCUCCGAGUUAAGGUGCAGGAGCGAUACAGCGUGAUGUGGUGCUGUUUUAGAAAUGCUCCGCGAAAAAAAAGAUAACUACAGCUGGCUCAAUGGACACUUUGAACUUCUUACGUUAACUCUGUACAGUCGUUACCUCAACCUCGGCUCCUUUUCCGAUCGAGGAUCGGCGGAACGACGCGAGAAAAUUAUUCGAAACUACACAGUAAAUCAAGAGAGAGACUAUUAAUACGCCCCCGACCCUAAAGAAAGAAAAAAAAAAUAAUAAAAACACGCGCAUACGCAUGACAGACAGACAAACACACACAUCAUGACCCCUAACCCUUUACCAUUCGCCCCCCUACCCUCCCCUCCUUUCACACACACGAUCUUUUUCAUCUUUACCACCUUCCCUCCGCUGCUGCUCGUGCAGGCUGAGUGAAAUCGUACAAAUGUGUUGUGUAUACUUAACGUUAAUUAAUAAUUAAUAGUUCAAAUACUAUUAGCGUAGCGAUUAUAUGCAGUUAUUAUAUACCACUAUUAUUAUUAUCGUGACGAGAUGCAAAGUAUAUAACAAAAUGAAAAAAAUAAGGACUGUGUAUGAAAUGGGAAGAUAUAAAAGAACGAAAGAGUACCGACGACAUUGUAUGUAAGGAAGGGAGAACAGAAAAUUUAGUGGAAAAGUUAAGUAAUGUUAACUUAGGAUAAUUUGUUAUUAAGAAAUCGCUAUGGCUGCCCGAAGGUUGUACCUUAGCAGCAUUAAAUUUUAUGGAUCAUUCUGAAAUUAAUCCUCGGAUAAUAUGCUGGAUACGAGUCGUCCUCAUGAGAGGGAGAGAGAGAAAGAGCGAGAGAGCGAGAGAGAGAGAGAGAGAAAAAAAACACAUAUGAGGACGAUUCUCUUCUCUUGAUAGGACAGGCGAGACAACGCGGAUUAACGGUGUCGCAACCAAAAAGUAGAAAUUCACGACAAGCUGCUAUUUGCUAGUACGGGAGGAUUUAUAUGAAUCGUGUUAAUUUUUUGAAAGGCAAAAAGUAGCUUUUCAUUCACGGGGGUCCGAUAUGUACAGUUCAAUCAAAAUGUAGCUACGAAGCGUAACCGAAACUGGACCUCCGUAUGAAAAGCGUUCUGUACAUACUAUACUAUUAUUACGAUAAUAAUAACGAUUAUUAUUAAUUUCCCUGUCUCUUAUGAAUUUAUUAUUAUUAUUAUUAUUAUUAUUAUUAUUAUUACUACUGAUUAUUAUUAAUUAUCAUUAUUAUUAUCAUUAUUACUAUUAUUAUUAUUAUUGCAAGAGAUCGAAAACGUAUAGAGGUAUAGUGUAAUGUUCGGGAAAACAAAAAGCGAAAAAGAGUUCCACACGCACACACGUAUACGCGCGCGCGUUAUGAAUGGGCUACACCCGUCGUGCACGAAAGAGAGAGAGAGAAAGAGAGAUAACAACAACAACAAACAAACAAACAAAAACAGAUACACGUAACACGUAAAUUACCGACACUACGUGACUAUGCCAGUGCUGUAUCAUAGUAAAUUGUAAGUGUCAUUUUUCAUCCCACUGUUCUCUUCGAUACCUAUUUAAAUGAUUAGUUGAUAAAAAAAACGGAUGAUGAUGACGAUGUGUGCAAGGUAUGGUUCGUGAGUCCGUAUCGUCGUGAAUUUUCUUUGAAAUAUACACGGUGUACAAUGUAGCCCAUUAUGUAAUUAAUACCGUAGCCGAUUUAGUCGUAACGAAGAUGAAUUUUUACACUCGAGAUGCGAAUAUAUCGGUGUAAAAUAGUCCUCGCGCGUAAAAACAAUUCGACGUUUACCCGUCGACGAGAGAGAACUCUGUAAGAGAACAUGAAAAAACGAACCGAAAGAAAUUAUCCGCUCGGAAGGAAAAGAAAACUUUACCGUGAUGUAUUUAGUACGUUGAACACACUUAUGACUGGAUAUACAACAUAUACACGCGACAUCGUACACCGUAACACGUGCUACACGUGUGCUUAACUGUUAUUAUUAUUAUCAUCAUUAUUGUUGUUAUACGUUGGUACAUCGAUGCCCUUCGAAUUCGUUCAAAGAACAAAAGUAAACUUUAUUCACGCAGGGAAGGGAAAUUUUAACGUAAAGAUGAACAUAUACGAUCGCCGAUGUGUUACGUAGAAUCGAUUCUCAGUAUAGUUCCCCCCCCCCACGGAAAUACGUAACUUUACGUCAAGUAUUAUUAAUAUCAAAGUCAGUAAUUGCGUUUUUCUAAGUUUGUUUUUUAAUCGUAUUUGCGGCAUGGACCAUCUAUCGAAAAUCAUCGACAUCAAAACAUUCCUUUUUUUGUACAUUCAUUCUUCUCCGCUCCCCGGUCUUUGCAUCUUCAUUUUCUUCCCCGGUUCGCGUAGAUUCGAGUUUCCAAAGAUGGAAAAAGGAGAAUUUAAGAAUCGAACGGUUUAAUCUGAUCGAUCUAUAGAUCUAAACGAAUGGAAUGGAGUCGUAGGUGCAUCUCGUGUACACGCGCAAUUUUUUAACAGCGUUAGAACAAAAAGAAAAGCGAGGAUCGACCGGGAAACUCUUUAAAGUGUCACAAACGACGAAGCACGGACGGUAAUUGAGACUAUAGAUUUAAAUAAACGAUUUUACCUAACGGAAGGAGAGUUAAUCGUAAACGACAAAAACCCAAAAGUAUUUGGCUUAGUAUGGCUGUGUUUAGGGCAGUGUUGUAAAUCUGAAAGUGGUAUACCUUUUUUUUGUGGUAGUAAACUCUUUAAGCGCGGACGUUCGAACGCUGUCGGCGGUGCCACUCCCGACGAUCGCGAUCUAUCAUCUAUUUUAUCCAUUGAUUCUAUUAAAUUAAUUAAUAUUAUUAAAAAGAGGAAUGAUCGCGAUGAAAGUUCGUUCGCGAACGAACGGAUCGCGGAUGCUUCGCUAAGUGAAAAAGGAUUUCUCUAUCUUGAACGUGUUCGUGGAACAAAUUGCGAGUGUAAAAAUGGUUCUUAAACGCAUUUGAACAUAGGGAGAGAGAGAGAGAGAGUGACUGAGUGAAUGUGUGUGUGUGUGUGUGUGUGUGUGAGAGAGAGAGAGAGAGAGAGAGAGAGAGAAGGGAAAGAUCUUGCAGCGUUCGGAAGUUCGCGGAUUGUUUCCGAAUAAAUACAAAAAGAAAGGCAACGGCGAAGCGGAAGCAAUUUAUUGUAACGAGAAGCGAAUGAUACAACGCUAUAUAUAAAUAUAUAUUAUACGAUUUUGUUUUCUUUUUUAUAUUAACGGAACACAAUAUAGGUCGCGGUUAUAUCAUGAGAUGAAGAUAAACAAUAAUUAAUUAAUUAUCCAAUAGACGAUAAUCACAGGCAAAAUUAUGAAACAUAAUAAUAACGAUUAUUAUUAUUACGCUAUUAUUAUUAUUGAAAUACCAACUAUAGAGUACUACUUUUUCUUAUGACAUUUCGUAAAUAGUAAAUUGACGACGAUGAUGAUGAUGAUGAUGAUGAUGAUGAUGAUGAUGAUGAUUGUCUAAUUAAACGACUAACGAGACGCAAAUGUAACAUUUAUCCCCCCCUCCCCCCCAGGUGGAAAAAAGAUAGAAAUGAAAAACACACCAUUUUCGAUACCA